AUGGGUAAAGUAGUUGAGAGAAUUGGACUUUUUCUAAAUAUUGCUGCUAUUUUUGUUGGCAUAAUAGCAAGCUUUUUCGUAUUAGAAGCAAAUGCUGGGGAAGUAGUCACAAAUAUUAGUGGAAACAGUAGUACAAAAAAGAUCAAGAGUUGUGAUUUAUUUGAAGGAAGUUGGGUUAUUGAUAAUUCAUAUCCAUUGUAUAAUUCAACAGCUUGUCCAUUCAUAAGAAAGGAAUUUGAUUGCAUCAAAUAUGGAAAACCUAAUCUUGAAUACCUUAAAUAUAGAUGGCAACCCAAGGGUUGUGUCUUGCCCAGAUUUGAUGGUAAAACCUUCUUGAGAAGAUACAGAGGAAAGAAGAUAAUGUAUAUUGGGGAUUCUUUAAGUCUAAACAACUUUGAGUCACUUCUGUGCUUGCUUCAUGCUGCAGUUCCCAAUUCCAAUUUCAAGCAACAGACAAAUAAACAAACUGUUUCCGUCACAUUUGAGGACUAUGGAGUUGAAGUAAUACUAUUUCAUUCAAAUUACUUGGUAGACAUUGAAGUGGAACCCAAUAUUGGAAGAGUAUUAAAACUCAAUUCAAUGAAAUAUGGACGGAUUUGGAGGGAAGCUGACGUCUUGAUCUUCAAUACUUGGCUUUGGUAUCCACGAUCCGAUUCUAAGCAACCAUGGGAUUUUAUUGAAAAUAAUGGCACAAUAUCGAAAGACAUGGACCGGAUAGAAGCGUUCCGUGUAGGUUUAAACACAUGGGCUAAAUGGGUUGAAACGGAGAUUAAUACAAAGAAAACCAAAGUUUUUUUCCAAGGAGCAUCUCCCAUGCAUUACCAUGGAUCUGAAUGGGGUGAGCCAGGAGUAAAGAAUUGCUUCAACGUGACAACACCAGUAAAAGGAUCAAAAUACCCAAGUGGUUUACCAAUUCCUGUAAAGAUAGUGAAACAUGUUGUAAAGAGCAUGUCAAAGCCAAUAGUAAAUUUACUUGACAUAACAAAGCUUUCACAACUAAGAAAAGAUGGGCAUCCCAGCAUAUACAAUGGCUUACAUGGCUUUGAUUGUACACAUUGGUGCAUUGCUGGAGUUCCUGAUACUUGGAAUAACAUUCUAUAUGCUUCUCUCUUCGCCACUUCUUCCAAACAUUCCAUUUAA